ACGUCUGACGUCGCUCGGUCACAUGACCUGCAGCGUCGCGCGACGGCGGCUGGGGCUCUGCGCGGUGCGUUCGCGGCCUACUUGCCUUUGCCGGGCUCAGAGGCGUCGUCGAGUGAGAUAGGCCUCUGUUCCCUGGCCGGUGCUCACGUACUUGAUAGGGGCAGCAUCAAGAAGUGAUCUGCACGUGUGAAUAGUUCCUCGCUGAUAAAGCACUGCAGGCGAAUUAUCGCCUUGGAAUAAAUAACGUUUGUGGUAGAUGGCUUGGAAAGUCAUAAGUGAGCAUCGGCCAAGUUGAUCCAGUAAGAAUUUUCGCAGAGAGGAGUCUUCCAAAGAAAAGGCCAUUUUCCAGGUCUCUAGGAGCCUGAUGGGAGAAGCUGGAGAAAGGUCCUGUCUAAUAAUCUCAGACUCUUGCCAGGACCCUAAACCCACCUACUGUAGCCCAGUAAAAGGACAUACACUUAAAGACUUCCAGUCCAAGGAUUUGUUUUGAGUCCCAGAAUGGAAAGAAGGUUAUUACUAAAAAUGUCUUUUCCACCUCACUUGAAUCGCCCUCCUAUGGGUAUCCCAACACUUCCACCUGGAAUUCCACCCCCACAAUUUCCAGGUUUUCCUCCACCUGUACCUCCUGGGACACCAAUGAUUCCUGUGCCAAUGGGCAUUAUGGCUCCUGCACCAACUGUAUUGGUCCCAACUACAGUGUCAAUGGUUGGGAAGCAUAUGGGAAUCAGAAAGGACCAUCCAGCUCUAAAGAACAAGGAAAAUGAUGAGAACAGUGGUCCUACAACCACUGUAUUUGUAGGCAACAUAUCUGAAAAGGCGUCAGACAUGCUUAUACGACAGCUUCUUGCUAAAUGUGGCUUGGUAUUGAGUUGGAAAAGAGUUCAAGGAGCAUCUGGAAAACUUCAAGCCUUUGGGUUUUGUGAAUAUAAAGAACCAGAAUCUACGUUACGUGCGCUCAGAUUACUGCAUGAUCUCCAGAUUGGAGAAAAGAAACUACUUGUGAAAGUUGAUGCCAAGACAAAGGCUCAGCUGGAUGAAUGGAAGGCAAAGAAAAGGGCUUCCAAUGGGAACUCCAGGCCAGAAUCUACACCUGAUGAUGAAGAAGCCCUUGAUGAAGAAGCAAAGAGAAGAGACCAGCUAAUAAAAGGGGCUAUUGAAGUGCUAAUACGGGAAUAUUCCAGCGAGCUCAAUGCCCCCUCCCAAGAGUCUGACUCUCAUCCCAGGAGGAGGAGAAAGGAAAAGAAGGAGGACAUUUUCAGCAGAUUUCCAGUGGCCCCACUGAUACCUUAUCCACUCAUCACCAAGGAGGAUAUAAAUGCUAUAGAAAUGGAAGAAGAUAAAAGGGACCUGAUAUCCCGAGAGAUCAGUAAAUUCAGAGAUACACACAUGAAAUUGGAGGAGGAAAAAGGCAAAAAGGAGAAAGAGAGACAAGAAAUUGAAAAAGAACGGCGUGAAAGAGAAAGGGAACGGGAACGAGAAAGAGAGAGAAGAGAGCGGGAGAGAGAAAGGGAGAGAGAGCGUGAACGAGAGAAGGAGAAGGAACGGGAGCGUGAAAGAGAGCGGGAUAGAGAUCGAGACCGAACUAAAGAUAGAGAUCGCGACAGAGAAAGAGAUCGCGACAGAGACCGUGAAAGAAGCUCGGACCGCAAUAAGGAUCGGAGUAGAUCUAGGGAGAAAAGCAGAGACAGAGAAAGAGAACGGGAACGGGAGCGAGAGAGGGAACGGGAGCGAGAGAGAGAAAGGGAGCGGGAAAGGGAACGAGAACGGGAACGGGAACGAGAAAAGGACAAAAAAAGGGACAGAGAAGAAGAUGAAGAAGAUGCAUAUGAGCGACGCAAACUUGAAAGGAAGCUACGUGAAAAGGAAGCAGCUUAUCAAGAGCGUCUGAAAAACUGGGAGAUAAGAGAGCGAAAGAAAGCUAGAGAAUAUGAAAAAGAAGCUGAAAGGGAAGAAGAAAGGCGAAGGGAAAUGGCAAAAGAAGCAAAACGUCUAAAAGAAUUUUUAGAAGAUUAUGAUGAUGACAGAGAUGAUCCAAAAUACUACAGGGGCAGCGCUUUGCAGAAGCGAUUGCGAGACAGAGAGAAAGAAAUAGAAGCAGAUGAACGGGAUAGAAAAAGAGAAAAGGAGGAACUGGAAGAAAUUAGGCAACGUCUUCUUGCAGAAGGACACCCAGAUCCAGAUGCAGAGUUGCAAAGGAUGGAACAAGAGGCUGAAAGACGUCGACAGCCACAAAACAAGCAGGAGCCAGAAUCUGAAGAGGAGGAGGAAGAAAAGCAAGAAAAAGAAGAGAAGAGAGAAGAACCUGAAGAAGAAGAGGAAGAACCAGAGCAAAAGCCCUGCCUUAAACCAACACUGCGACCCAUUAGUUCUGCUCCAUCUGUUUCAUCAGCAAGUGGCAAUGCAACACCCAACACUCCUGGGGAUGAAUCACCCUGUGGCAUCAUCAUCCCACAUGAAAACUCCCCUGAUCAGCAGCAACCUGAGGAAUAUAGACCAAAAAUAGGACUAAGUCUUAAACUAGGUGCCUGCAAUAGUCCCAACCAACCUAAUGCUGUAAAAAGAAAGAAACUCACUGUAGACAGUGUUUUCAAUAAAUUUGAAGACGAAGACAGUGAUGACAUGCCCCGAAAAAGGAAGCUGGUUCCUCUGGAUUAUGGUGAUGAAGACAAAGGCUCCUCCAAAGGCAGCGUCAAUACUGAAGAGAAGCGCAAGCACAUUAAGAGUCUAAUUGAGAAAAUUCCCACAGCUAAACCAGAGUUGUUCGCUUACCCUCUUGACUGGUCUAUUGUGGACUCAACACUAAUGGAGCGUCGCAUUAGACCAUGGAUCAACAAGAAAAUAAUAGAAUAUAUUGGUGAAGAAGAAGCCACACUAGUUGACUUUGUUUGCUCAAAGGUUAUGGCUCAUAGUUCACCACAGAGCAUCCUGGAUGAUGUUGCUAUGGUGCUUGAUGAAGAAGCAGAAGUUUUUAUAGUCAAAAUGUGGAGAUUAUUAAUCUAUGAAACGGAAGCCAAAAAGAUCGGUCUGGUGAAAUAAGGAAUAUUUUUUUAGGUCUCCAUUUCAAUUUUUGUUUCACAUUACUGAAGAACUUUGAUAUCUCCAGAGACAUUUGUGAGACCUGUACUUUUUAAAUGUAGAAAAUGUGAAUUUUUUUCAUCUUCUGUUUCACCAAGAUCCCUUUCCCCACGUCUCAGUUUCCCCGAUUGUAAUUACCUGAAUUCUGCACUGGUUGUUUUUCACUCACUGGGGUACAGUUACAGGUAUGGUUUAUAAACUACAGCUGCUGUAUACAGUCUCUGAUCUUCAUCUUCUCAAACUGAUCCUUGUAAAUAGAAAAAAGACCCAUAUUAGAAAACAUCUGCACUUACUGGAUACCAGAAUAAUUGGGUUUUGUACAAGUGCAUUGACCUCUUCUUUCCUCUCCAUUUUUAAAAAUUAGAAUAAACUUUAAAACUUUAAAGAUGGAUGGGAGUCAUUAUGCUGGCACACAGUUUUCAUCUGCAUGGAUAUGAAUGCAUUCCACGGUUGGAUUUUGUAAUAUUUCUAGAUGAGCUUGUAGAAUAUAUGGUGAACUUGUAUUAGCUUGGACAUUCUUGUAAAGCCAUUAGUUCCUUGUUCAUUACAUUAGCCCUUCUGUUGAGUUCAUACAUACUUAGUUUUUUUAAAAACAACAACAGGUUAACAAGUACACACAUUCAUUUGAAUCUAGUCAAUCCCACAUCUUUUUAAAUUUGUUUUUGUUUUUGAAAAUUGCAUAAGCCAGUUUGGCAUAUUUGUGGAAAGAAAAGGUUUAAAGAUUUAAUGAGCACAACAGUUUACAAUGUUAAAACAUCUUAGAUGAUGGAGAAAUUGUUUUUAUGUAAGCCAUCAAGUCAGCUGUGACUUUAUUUUUUCGUACUGUAAACUGUAAGUUGGAUUGAUAGAAGGUGAUAUUUCCUGAUCCUUUACACUAUAUGGGGUUUAUACUUAUGCCAGUGUGGUAUAAAUAACAAUACUACUAUGUACUAUAAACUGCAUUUUUAAAAAACUCACCCACAAGUAGAAAGACUGUAUGCAAUGGGCCUUCUUGACUGCAGGAUGAACACCAUCCAGGAAGUAACAGUUGUCUCUGAUUUUUUUAUAUACUGCUCUUCUGAUAGGUCUUUCCCUGUAAAAAUACAGGCUGACCUAUUUGGAAGGUGUAACUGACCCUGAAUUACUGAAUUCUUGCAUUAUAAGAGGACAUCUGGAAAAAACUGUUCUUAACAAAUGGGAUCAUAUAAAGGUUCCACCAUGUAAAUAUUUCAGAUAUUAAAAAUGUAUAUAUUUGAUCUGGACUUGAUGCUUCUAUCUUGAGGUUUGUAUUACCUCUUCUAUCUCAUCUCCAAAACAAUGGGUAUAGCUGGCAGACACAGAUUACAGUCUAUUACAGUAUGCAUUUUAUUACUGGUCCAGCUGUAUCAUUCUUACAGUGUUAUAGCCAGAGCAUCACCAAGCUUAGAUAAGUUAACCUUGCUACACACCAUGUAGGACAAUCAGGAUGUAAAUUUUACUAUUCAAGAAACUUUUUAAUAUUCAUUGCCAUUUUUAUUUAUAGCAUUUUCCCUUGCCUUUCUUUAAAAAAAAAAAA